AAGUAUUCAAAUAUAACAUCAGCAUUGUAUAUUACCUUCCAUAUAAAUGGCUUCCCAUCAAAUAAGAAGAACGCAGAUAUGCAUAUUCACAUUUACAGCAUUUUAUUUCAUGUCAGCUGCAUGUAAAAGUUUAGGCUCAAAACGUAUGAAGGCGACUGAAAUAGACCACAAGAUAAACGCAUGCGAUUAUGAAUGGACUGCUGUACAUGGAUAUGGAUACGAAGAUAAGGUUAAAGUAAAAACUAUUACUUGUCCUAGGGAUGGAAUUAUUACUGAAAUCUCUGUAACGUACGGAGAUCAUGAGGAGGGUCAGCGUCUUCAUUCAAUAUCUUUUAAGUGCAACUCUUCUUUUGGUGUGACUGAUGUUGGACCUUUUGGAGACGUCACUGGAGAACGAAAAACAUUGAAAUGCGAAAAUUCAAACGAUCAUAUAAAGUACAUACAGGGUGCAGCCGGCCAGUAUAUCAGUGAUUUAGAAGUUCGUUGUGUGAAUAAAAACACUGACCAAAUUCAAUAUCGUAAUGAACCUAGCUACAAUCACAGCAACGAUACUGUGCGUUUAGACGACCAACAGACACAUAUUUUUAAUCGAAAAAAAACUACUGCUAUAAAGACGUUUAAAGACGCAUGUUAUGCUACAAAGGGACGAAGACCCGUCGAAAUAAGAAUUUGGGCGGACAAAUUUGUUAAUGCUAUUCAAGUAAAAUAUGUAAAUGUGCCGGUUUCUGAGGACUGUUCGAUAUCGCAUAUCGAAUAUUUGGACAGUGAAAAACAUAUGACACCAGAUGCUUUAAAUGUUAUAGGAUUUACUUCCGGAUUUACGUGCUCUACGUUACAGCAAGAAAUUAGUUUAGAUGCAGCUGACAUUCGAUCUACUAAUAUUGAAAAGGGAUUUGAAGAUAAUUAUGCCGAAAAAGUAGCGAUCGGCCCAAUUUUGAGUAUACAACGUGGUAAGACUGAGCCCGAACUAAUAACCUGGGAUUUAGAAUGGUCUCAAAUAUAUACUAAAAAGUAUAUAGGACAUGGUACUGGUGGAGGCUUCUCAAUGGAGCCGCUUGAUCAAUACGCUAUUGGUACAACAAUCAGUUAUCAAGGUCCUGGAGCUGCGUUUGUUAUUGGAUACGAAAUACGUUACGGUGUUGACGACAAAAGUGUUCCAGUUUUAUUUCAUUACACAUGUGAGAGAGGAGGUUCUUUACCUUAUACCAAACGCCUCUUACCUUUGCAUAAGUAUAAUUUGCGAAGUAUGUUCUUCCUUGACUUUCACUAUGCCUUUAAUAAUGUAGAAGAUUGCCUGCAAUCAGCAUAUGCUCAGGAAUGUGUAGCCGAUAUUAAAAUUACAGAUUUCGUUGCUAAUCCUGGUAAACUGGAGAGGGAGUUUUUGAAAUGCUUUGAUAAAAGUGCGGUUAAGAUUCCAUUUGGUAUGUCUAGCGAAACUUAAGAUGCAUCACCGCGAUAUUAUGAUAACCGACAAUUUCAACCGAGUUCAUGCGACAGUGGUUCACAUGUGAUGGUCUGCAGCUCCAUAAUUUUUGGCAGUGUUAAUCAGUACUGGUUGAACAGCUUAGUGCCAGCUAAUCAAUUAGUUUUGGUGUAUAUUCUAGAAGUUAUUACGCAGUAGUUACAUGAGAAUAAACUUUAGUUAAGCUCUACUUUACUUCAAAACAAACAUUUGGAAGCAAUUAUUUAAGGUAUUUUAAUGUGUAGGCAAGGAUACGUUGUAUUUACAUUGUCUGCAAUGAGAAUGUAAAUGAAAUUUAUUCCAUAUUUGCCAAUAAUCUGCGUCAUAACACUACAAUUUCCCAUAUGAAAACGUACAUCAUUAAUUCAGCUGAAAUAUCCCGUGAAAUUUGAGUUCAUUACAAUACAAAUUGUAAACAAUUACUUCAUUACACACAAUGAAAGAAAAACAUCCCUUCACUGAUCCAGUAGCCAUGCAACGCAAUGACAUACUCCGUAGAAUGGAUGACGAUGAUUACAAGGUUCUGAAAGAACAGGUUAAUUCAAUUUCGAGUUGAUC